AUGUACUCGCAAGACACCAGUCAGCCGCCGAGCUACGAAAGCUGCGUGGCCGCGCUGCAGGAGCCGGUGCUGCUCGUGCUCGCGGGCCAGAGCAUCCGCGCGGGCUCCGCCACGGGACCGGUGCUGUACGAGACGAACCGGGGCGUGGCCAACCUCGGGCCGGCGACGACGUGCGUGGAGCUGACGCGCGUGGAGCGGAGCGUCCGCGGCGGCGCCGAAGAAGCCAGCCUGACGACAGACGAGGACGCCAAAGAGUUUGGCGAGGUGGAGGCCGAGGACGGGGACGUGUUGGUGACGCCGCGGGUCCGAGUCCGGCGCCGGCACAUUAUGGACCUGGUGCACCCGACCAGCAGCGGCACGCCGCCGUACUACGUGAAGCCGUGGACCAAGCAGACGCAGCAAGGGACGUGGGGGCUGAAAAAGGCGUACGGGCUGCGGCGCUGGCGGGUGCUGCGGGUGCUGGAAAAGGGACGGUACGGGGAGCCGGCGUUUGUGGACGACGAGGAGGAGGAGCGGAAGAGGCCGCUGUUUUGCGUGGGCAAGGCGCACGGCGGCGCGUACGAGUGGACGGAUGCGCAGGGCGAGAGACUGGCGCGGGAGGAGCAGGACCGAGGGAAGAAGGAGUAUAGCUUGACGACGGUCAGGGCCAUGGGCAGGGACGAGAUGGAUGCGCUCGUGGCUAUGUGGUGUUGUCGGAUCUGGGAGGCGGCGGCGGCGGCGCAGCCACCGAUUCACGAAGGGAUGGAAAAGGGUAAGCGGAACAAGACUUGA